UAAUACGCUUAGGUGGAAGGAAAAACAAUUCCCAGAACAAAUUUAACCCGAACUCCAAACAAGACCUCCUUAAUCCGCAGAGUUCCAUCACCGACCUUUGAAUUUUGAUCAUAUUACGGCAUACUGUUCUUGAUUCUCAAUAUAUAUAUCUACACUCUACUUUAAUUUGUUCGUAUACAAUUAUUUUUCGAAGCACACACAAACAAACAAUCACCAAAGCUAAACCCUAAUUCGCAUUAUUUUUGGGAAAUCCAUUACCAUCUGUGUACUGUAGGUAGGAUUGGUAAAUAGAGUAGUAAUGGGAGGUCAUGGAGGUCUGAAUAUUCUGCCACAGAAGCGGUGGAAUGUGUACAAUUUCGAUAACCGAGAGAAAGUCCGCCGCGACGAGGAGGCUGCGGUGAAGGAGGAGCAGCUCAAGCGCGAGCAAGCCAGGAAGCGCGACACCGAGUUCCGCAUCGAGCGCCUCCGUACUGCUCGUGGCUUGGCUCCCACUGUGCCUGUGCCUGUGCCAGAGCCAGAGCCAGAGCCAGAACCAGCACCAGAACCAGAACCAGAGCCUGCUGAAUCGGAGCCAAAGACUGGCCACAUUAACCUCUUUGAAGGAAUCAGGAUUUUUGAUCCAAUCAAAGUAUCAGAGAACAAGAGAGGUAGUGAAAAAGAUGAGUUCAAGAAGAAUAAGAAGAUGAAGAAAGAGGAGGCGCCGAGAGUUGUGGGGCCGGAAGAUGAGAAGUAUAGGUUAGGGUAUGGAGUUGCCGGGAAAGGAGUUAAGUUGCCGUGGUACCUUGAAAGGCGGAGCGAUGAUGGGAAUGGUGAGAGUGGUGGAGAUGGUGAGGUGAAGAAGGAGGAAGGGAAAAAGAGUGGGAAGAAGACAUUGGAGGAGUUGAGGGAGGAGCGGUUCAAAAGAGAGAGGCGCGAGAAGGAAAGGGAACGGGCUUUGAUGGCCGAGAAGAGUCGAAGAGAUAAAGGGUUUUCCAGGAGGGGAUGAUCAAGGCAAGUGAACAGGAUUUUCAGAAUAUUUAACUCUCUCUGGUUCACCUUGUGUUGUUAAUCAUAUCAGGAUUUGGGUUGUUAUGAGCUUUUUGGAAUUCACAAAAAAAGAAAAAAUAAAAAAAAAAGUAUAAAGGCAAUGCAUUUUCAAUGUCUCUCUUUAGAAUUUUAAUUCCGUGUGAAGUUCUAUUGCAUACUUUAUUGUCAAUGAGUUCUGGAGAAAGUUGCCCUUGCUUGUGCUUGGAAUUGGUCCUUUGAGUGUAAAGUGCAGUAGUUACUUGUCAAUGAAGAAGAAUGAAUCUUUGUACAUAUCAUAGUUUUUGGAGAAAAUCGCCCUUGCUUGUGCUUAAAAUUGCUUCUUGAGAGGAAAGUGCAGUAGUUACUUGUAAAGGAAGAAUGAAUCUUUGUACUUUGUCAAUAAGGAAUCUACCUGGGCUAAUAUAUUUUGCAGAGGAUGAAAUUGAAUUGAUUUUAUCCUGUUAUCA